GGAAGUAGGGAAGAGGCAUUUGUCCUACUUAAAAGGGGCUUAAGUGUUAUAUUUUACCUGACUGAAAAGGCAAAGUCUAACUAAAAUUGGAGUUGCCACACUCUUCUCUUCUUCUUUCCAUCUCCAUCUCCAUCAACAUGGCUUCCACAAUUUCUCGCAAGCUUUCCUUUCAUUUCCUCAACCAAUCUCUCCCAUCCAAACCCUCUCCUUUCAAUCUUCAACAAAGAUCACUAUUCUUCUCCAAUUUCACCGUCCCUGAACAAUUAUCCGCCUCUGAUCCGUCUCUGAACCAAAAACCCACUUCCACAUCCCAUAAUCAGGUUCAUCAGCCCAGAUUUCUUGAGCAAACGCUGAAAAAUCUCAUAACCCAUCACGCGUUGUCUGAUUAUAGACGAGUUUUGGUUAAUCGCCUGGCAAAUUCAAGCCCCAAAUCCGUGCUAAACCCUCAAAAUUCCAAAAACCCAUAUGCAUUGUACGGGAAUGCUAGGUAUUUAUCCACCUCAGAUCCAAACCAAUCCUCGUCAACCAAUGAAACCCCCCAAAAUCCAGCUGAGUACCCCAGCCAGAAUCAAGAGUUCAAGCACCAAGAAAUCACUGGACCAACUGUGGAACGAGAUUUAUCGGCGUUAGCGAACGAGACCCGGGAAGUCCUCGAGACGAUGAUGAAGACUGUUUAUAGUUUAAGCAAGGUUCUGGCUGGUUUGGGCCUUGUUCAUCUCGGUUUGGGAGCUUGGAUGUCGUACAAUACGCAGAAUUCCCCUAUUCCGGAGGCAUCGAUUCAGAGUCUGCUGGCUUUUGGGCUGCCCUUCUCGUUGGCUUUCAUGCUGAGGCGGGCGUUGAAGCCGAUGUACUUCUUCAAGAAAAUGGAGGAGCAAGGGAGAUUGCAGAUACUGACUCUCACCCUUCAGGUUGCCAAGAAUUUGAAUACGUUGUUCGUGCGCGUUCGUGGGGUUUCGUAUUUGUGCAUCGCUGGGGCAUCAGUUGGUUUGAUAUUCAUCGCCCUGUCUAAAUGAUUUCAAUUCGUGUUUAGUAAAACCUAAACUAAGAGAGAUGUAUUUUUGUUCUAAUUUUAUUGGUGAUGGAUUUGAAAAAUUACAUGCAUGGCUUGGCUUCUGUUUGAUUGGAUUUUGAUUGAAAAA